GUCGCUUUGUCAUCUACUCGAUCUUUCCUCGACCUGCUGCCAACAUGAUGUCGAUCAAAUGCUUCAACCAACCUACGAGUCGAAGAUUUCAGCACGUCCAUGACCACACCCCCUUGCUCGCUGGAAACGAGGUGAUGGCUGAGUGUGAGGAGGAGCAGAAGGAGGAUGUGACCCAGGAGGAGGCAUACUCGGUGAAGGAAGUGGUGGUAUUGGAAUGCAAGAUUUGUGUGCAGGUUGCUCAAACAUGGCACCAACAGCAGGAGCACCAAAAACAGGAGAAUUGGCUCAUCGAAGUCGAGGUUUCAUAAGACAAUACACCAUGGCUCAGCGCCUGGAGGAUGGAGUGGCAAUCACGCGCAGGCGCAUAUAGUACUGUUUCAACAGACGUGUUUCUUGCGAGGUCAAGGAUAAUGAGCAGGAGAAUCGCAAAUAUCUCUCUCAAUCGACUUCUAGUUCCUCCCAGUCCCCGGGGUGACCACAGUCCACGAAUCCGGGACGAGACACUCUCCAAACCUCACAUUCUAUACUCAUACCAUCAGAGUUUCCGGAGUGAACGACCGAAAGAUCAC